UUCUGUGUUAAAAUGUCUACUGUGGAGGGAAUCUGCACGUCAGGGGGCUCAGCCAUCAGCCAUCAGGCUUCCAAGUACUCCAAAUGUGUGCGCCAGAGGCUCGAAGGCUCCUCCAGUCACUUGGUGACCUUCAGCCUGCUUCCUCUGGAAAUUGGACUCCACUCCAUCAACUUCUCACUAGAGACUUCAUUUGGAAGAGAAAUCUUAGUGAAAACAUUACGGGUAGUGCCAGAAGGAGUCAAAAGAGAAAGCUAUGCUGGCUUUACAUUGGACCCUAAUGGAAUUUAUGGUAUUGUUAGCAGACGAAAGGAAUUUCCAUACAGGAUACCAUUAGAUUUGGUCCCCAAAACCAGCGUCAAAAGGAUUUUGAGUGUAAAAGGACUGCUGAUAGGGGAAUUCCUGUCCACAGUCCUGAGUAAGGAAGGCAUCGACACCCUAACCCACCUCCCUAGGGGGAGUGCGGAGGCAGAACUCAUGAGCAUUGUCCCAGUGUUCUAUGUUUUCCAUUAUCUGGAAGCAGGAAACCAUUGGAACAUCUUUCACCCUGACUCGUUAACUAGAAAACAGAACCUGCAGAGAAAAAUAAAAGAAGGGAUGGUGAGCAUCAUGUCCUACAGAAACAGUGACUAUUCUUACAGCAUGUGGAAGGGGGGAAGUGCCAGUACCUGGUUAACAGCCUUUGCUUUGCGGGUUCUUGGACAAGUGGCUAAGUAUGUGAAACAAGACCAAAACUCAAUCUGUAAUUCUCUUCUGUGGCUGAUUGAGAACUGUCAGCUGGAAAAUGGAUCUUUCAAGGAAAAUUCCCAAUAUCUACCAGUAAAAUUACAGGGUACUUUGCCUGUUGAAGCCCAAGAGAGAACUUUGUAUCUUACAGCCUUUUCUGUGAUUGGAAUUAGGAAAGCCAUCGACAUAUGCCCUCUAAUGAAAAUUAACACAGCACUAGCUAAAGCUGACUCCUUCCUGCUUGAAAAGGCCCUGCCAUCCAAGAGUACCUUCACACUGGCCAUUGUGGCCUAUGCUCUUUCCCUAGGAGACAAAACCCACCCUCAAUUUCGUUCAGUCGUCUCAGCCCUGAAAAGGGAAGCUUUGGUUAAAGGUGAUCCACCCUUUUACCGUUUCUGGAAAGACACUCUGCAACAUACAGACAGCUCUGUACCUAACAGCGGCUCGGCAGGUAUGGUAGAAACCACAGCCUAUGCUUUGCUCACCAGCCUGAACCUGAAGGAGACAAAUUAUGUCAACCCAAUCAUCAAGUGGCUGUCUGAAGAGCAGAGAUACGGAGGCGGCUUUUACUCUACCCAGGACACAAUUAAUGCCAUCGAGGGCCUGACAGAAUAUUCACUCCUGGCUAAACAACUUCAUUUGAAUAUGGACAUCAAUGUCUCCUACAAACACAAAGGUGAUUUCUACCAGUAUAAGAUGACGGAGAAGAAUUUCCUUGGGAGACCAGUGGAGGUACCUGUCAAUGAUGACCUCAUCAUCACCACAGGAUUUAGCAAUGGCUUGGUGAGAGUAUAUGUAAAAACUGUGGUUCACAAAACCAGCAUCUCUGAUGAAUUCUGCAGCUUUUACCUGAAAAUUGAUACUCAAGACAUUGACGCCUCCAGCUACCCCAGCCGCAGUGACUCUGGACACAAGCACAUAAUAGCAUGUGCCAGCUACAAGCCCAGCAGAGAAGAGUCAGCAUCUGGGUCCUCCCACGCAGUGAUGGAUAUCUCUCUGCCAACUGGAAUUGGAGCAAACCAAGAAGAUUUACGUGCUCUUGUAGAAGGAGUGGAUCAACUCCUAAAUGAUUACCAGAUCAAAGAUGGCCAUGUUAUUCUGCAACUGAAUUCGAUUCCCUCCAGAGAUUUCCUUUGUGUCCGCUUCCGGAUAUUUGAACUUUUCCAAGUUGGGUUUCUGAAUCCUGCUACCUUCACGGUGUAUGAAUAUCAUAGACCAGACAAGCAAUGCACCAUGUUUUAUAGCACCUCUGACAGCAGGCUUCAGAGAGUUUGUGAAGGAGCAGCAUGCAAAUGUGUAGAAGCUGACUGUGGGCAGCUGCAGGUGGAACUGGACCUGUCCAUCUCUGCAAACACCAGGAAAGAAACAGCAUGUAAACCAGAGAUUGCAUAUGGUAACACAAGAGAGUUUGUGACUCUAACAUUAGAAUGUGGCUAUGAUAGCACUCCUGUGCGUCUCUUAGGUGAUGCUGCUGCUGAGAAGGACUCUGAAAUCACCUUCAUUAGAAAGAUGAGCUGUGCCAACGCUGAUCUGGUGAAAGGCAAGCAGUACUUAAUCAUGGGCAAAGAGGCUCUGCAAAUCAAACACAAUUUCAGUUUCCGGUACAUCUACCCUCUAGACUCCUCCACCUGGAUUGAAUAUUGGCCCACAGACAGGACUUGUACAUCAUGUCAAGCAUUUUUAGCUAAUUUGGAUGAGUUUGUUGAAGACAUCUUUUUAAACGGCUGUGAAAAUGCCUGA